UUCUGUGGGAUGCAGGGAGCCGGGAGCAGGUCGGAGAGGCUAAGGCGGCGGCGGCGGGUCUCUCAGGUUUGAGUGUCCGGUACUGGGGAGGGUAGGAGUGGGCUGACACCGGACCAUGGCGACCCGCCGGCUGACCGACGCCUUCUUGCUAUUGCGGAACAAUGCGGCCCAUAACCGGCACAUUCUGGCCGAGCAAGUGAGUAAUGAGAGGCGCCCGGGGAGUGCGUGGAGCCCGGGAGCGGCCUUACAGUGAUUGGUGCUGACCUGACUUUUUCUCUUUCCUGUCAUACUUUGCUGUCCCUCCUGCCUGGUUUCUGAUGGAUCUGCACUCCAGGAGCUGGACGAGCUGGCCGACGAUCGCAUGGCAUUGGUGUCAGGUCUGAGCUUGGAUCCUGAGGCAGCCAUCGGUGUGACCAAACGUCUCCCUCCAAAAUGGGUGGAUGGGGUGGAGGAGAUCCAGUAUGAAGUCACGAGGGUAAAACAAAAAAUGAAAGACUUGGCCAGUCUGCAUGACAAGCACCUGAACCGCCCGACAUUAGAUGACAGCACAGAGGAAGAGCAUGCCAUAGAAAUAACUACUCAGGAGAUCACACAGAUGUUUCACCGUUGUCAGAGAUCUGUGCAGUCCUUACAGAGUCGGUCACGCCACUGCACGGAGCAGGAAGAGCGAUUGCUGAGGAAUGUAGUCGCUUCAUUGGCACAGUCACUUCAGGACCUUUCAACCAACUUCCGACACACGCAGUCUGGCUAUCUGAAAAGGAUGAAAAAUCGAGAAGAGAGAUCUAAGCAUUUCUUCGAUACAUCUGUUCCUCUUAUUGAUGACGGGGAAGACAAUACUCUGUAUGAUAGGGGCUUUACAGAGGACCAGCUGGCCUUGGUACAGCAGAACACAUUAAUAGUGGAAGAACGAGAGAGAGAACUCCGACAGAUUGUACAGUCAAUCUCUGAUCUGAAUGAGAUCUUUAGAGAGCUGGCAGGAAUGGUGGUAGAGCAGGGCACGGUUCUCGACAGAAUUGACUAUAAUGUGGAACAGGCCUGUGUUAAAACAGAGGAUGGUUUGCAACACUUACAGAAGGCAGAGCAGUACCAAAAGAAGAACCGCAAGAUGCUCAUCAUUUUAAUUUUGUUUGUACUGGUGAUAGUCCUUAUUGUUGUGUUAAUUGGUGUCAAGUCUAAAUAGGUCAUCUUUUUUUUUUUUUUUUUUUUAUCGAAUUUUUUUUUUUCAUUCUGCAAGACGGUUUGGGAGAAGAACUCACUCCUGGAAAGGGUGCUGAUAAACUGAACUGAAUGUUUUUGAGAGUGCAAGAAUCCGUGGUGGCACUACCAUCUGCUUUCUAAGGGGAUUUAUUUCUCCUUCUUAAAAAAAAAAAAAGAACUUUAUGGACCAACAAUUGUGUGAACCUAUGACUCCUGCUUUAUGUAAACCAAGACUAUUUCCGUUUUUUCUCCAGAGUUCUGGUUGCUGGUAGUGUCCUGCACCCACCUGCUUUUUCUCCUAGAAUUCAGUUACUGCCUUUAAUCCAGAUUCCCUGCAUGCUGCUUUUUUUUUAAUCUCACCUCAUCGUGAAUGGAGAAGUAGGAAUUGCUCUUCAAGUUGGGUUCCGACUAAUGCAUCUUAUGGCCAGCGUAUUGGAUCAUUGUCAGCUCCUUGUUAUUUUAAAGGAACAGCUGUCCUCUCUAAAUGUGAAUAGACACUAUUUUGAAUUCCUUUCUACUGUCUUCUGGAUUGGGGGCAGUUAUUUUAGUACUGGAAGGCUUUUUGUGCGUGCAUUAUUCUUUGGGGUUCUUUAAACACCUCCUUGUCUCCAACAAUUUAGGAGGGUGCCUAAAUUCAGCUCUGAUUCUUGCUUUUAUGUUCUGAAGCUUCAGUUACUGAUGAAGGAAUUAUCUCUUGACACUUCCCUGCUCAGUUCUAACUCCCCUAUUUCAUUGAGCAAUGGAGCUGAGCAUAGAAGCACCAGAAGAUGCUUCCUGCAUCGAUGCAUUAAGUCCCACUAAUGAUUAUGCUUGUUAGAGAAGACUACUGAUAUUUUGGAGGCUGAACGUCUCUGAUUACAGAUCUGCUGUCGUAAAAAUUUCAUUUGCUUCACUCAAAUCAAGAAAAUAUAUGUACAGUAUUUUUCCCAUUAUUGUCACUAAACAUAAGGAAUAUCUGUAUUAAACAUCGCACUAACACCUGGCUGCCUGUCAGACCUUAUGACCUUGUGUGUGUGUGUGUGUGAUACUAUCCAUGAAGUGUUAAGAGAUUUUGUGUAUAUUUGUAAUUUAAAAUGAUUGUAAGUACUGCAAAAUAUAUUAUUUUAUUGAGUCCAA